AAAAUGUAAAUACACAGGUGGCAGCGGCAUGGACGAAAGAGUGGUUUAUGUAAAUACAACAGAAGUGAAACCGUCUGACUUUGUUCUGGUUUCCAGGCGCAAACAGACUCCCUCAGACGCAAUGUGUGGCAGAUAGUUGCAGGAAAUACUUUGGAUUUUAAUACGAGGUGACAGCUGCGCAGUCAUGCCUCAGCUCACAGGCCCUGCGGUGCUGCAGCUCGUGCUGCUGCUCUCCGCUGUGCCCGCGCAGUACUUCAUCUCCCGGUGGAGCGGCUCCAGCGUGGCGCAGCGCUACCACGCGACUACACGGUUGCUCAGAAUUUGGAGAGAGUGGAGCACAUACCUCAAUGGCACUGCAUGGAUGGAGUGGGCAAAUCAGCAGAUGUCUUAUGUCAUGUCUCUGGUUGGCUUGGGACAGGGAGACGAAGUGGCAGACAUGUUGCCUCCUGUAGAGACCAUGCUUUAUGACAACGAUCAUGGCUUCUUUGGAGCAUCCAAGACAGUGCGCACCCCCCGUCCUCCGUAUGUGUUUCUACGAGUUGGAGAAGUGGUGAUGGAGAGGAAGGGCCAUAUGGUCGGGGUGGUGGUGAGCUGGGACUCUGAAUUGCGAGCCCCUCAAGAGUGGGUUAACAGGAUGUAUUCCAGCUCUGAGGGCAUCACAGCAGAGAAGACGCCUCAUUACAAAGUACUGUUCAGCGGGCCUGGACCGUCCUCUCUGUUAGUUGCAUAUCUGCCUCAGACACAACUAGAGCGCAUCACUGGGAUGAGGCCGGACAUUCCCACCUUGGAGAAUUACUUCACUCAUUUCAAUGGGGAGCGGUUCAUCAUGCAGCCCUGGCUUAGAGAGCUCUUUCCUGAAGAUGAGAUCGAUGAUGCCUGACUGCUCGGUCUGAAAGAUCCAUCGAACUGACAAUUUCAUUUUCUUCCUUCUGUGGUGUUCUGUGUUCAAGUACUGACGUGGUUGUCAUAAGUGCCAAGCUUUGUACAGAUCAAGAGGAUCAUCAAAUCCCUCCUUGCUGGAUCUCAAUAUGAGGGUGUCAGUUGGGGAUUUGGAGACUGUUAAUACUGGGACAUAUGAAAGAAAUCUUGUAAUCAAGCUCUAAUGAACACUUUAUUUCUUUGAGAUGUAUAAAUAUACAGUAUUUUAAUAUAAUGUGUCUAAAAAUGUUGAAUUUGAAUCAGACUUGAAUGGUUGGCAUGUUACAUGAUAAGAGGGAAUGCUGGAAAUGACAAAAUUUCUUUGAAAAUGUUUAUAGUUUUGACAUGACUGGUAGCUAAGGUCCAAAAAGAAAAAAAAACUUGAAAAACUGCACUUUUGAUCAGCCACAGCUAUGCAAUAAAAUGUUC